AUGUGUUGCCGUCAAAUCCACGUUAACCUGUCAGAUUACGCAACUGGCAACGGCUGUGGCGGCCGGCUGAACGAAACCGUCUUCAAUCCCGUGCCGAGUCAAAGCUGUUUAAAAGGAUACGUACGCGGAUCGAGCAGCAGUCUCGGAUCCAAGAAGGGUCUUCUUGCCCAGGGCCUUGAGAAUGCCUCAUUACAGUUUGUGUAA